AAGACCAUAAGCGUUUUACGCGAGUUUCCGUUGUCCUGUUGUCAGAUUAGUAGUGUUGAAGAGAAAAAUGGCAAAAGUCGAAUUGACGCCGCUAAGAUCAUGGGACGAUUUCUUUCCCGGGUGGGACAGGUUCGCCAAACCGGACAUGAAAGAUAUGGCGAAAUGGAAUAACAGAGUUGUUAGCAACUUGCUCUACUAUCAAACUAAUUAUCUGGCCAUGUCUGUCAUUGUUUUCCUUAUUGUCGGUUUGCUGAACCCUCUGGGAAUGUUCACCGCCAUGGCAGUGGUCUCGGGAGUCUUUCUGGGCUCGGUGUGGGCGGCAGAUAACAGAAGCGCCAUCAGGAACUUCAAAAGGCACAAGCCCACAGCUUUUGUCAUUGCUGUCAUGGUGGCCAGCUACGUGUUAAUAUCCAUUCUGGGGAGCGUCAUGGUGUUCAUGAUAGCAAUCACUUUACCGCUCACCUUGAUACUGGCCCAUUCUUCUUUUCGCCUCCGCAACAUGAAGAAUAAACUGGAGAAUAAAAUUGAGUGUGCCGGCCUCAAAAGGUCUCCAAUGGGCAUCUUCCUGGAGUCGCUUGGUCAGCAAGAGGAGAAUUUUCAAAAGAUCCAAAACUUCCUGGAGGCCAAAAUUAAGGAGUGACUGGACUGAGAAAGGGCAACACGUGUUCAUCUGUUGGCCAAAGAUCCUGACUCGCAUGUGUCUAUCCCAACCGGCCUCAAUGAGCUCCCUUGUAUUGUGAAGAAAAUCAAACAGUGCGCUAACCCCACGGGGUAUUCCACUCCUACUAGACGACUCCCUAAAUCUCAAAUCUGUCUUGUAUUAUUCACUCACGGACGUCAACCUUGGCAGCUUUCCCUCAAGUCAAACUUUAUUCCAAGGCACAGAAAAUGCACACGGGACACAAGCCCUUGCCAAGAGACACCAAAGACGGUAUUUGUAACCCCACUUUCAGUUUACCUUAGUACUCAUGUGAAUAGAGAGUAGCCAAGCUCGCAUUCUUUGCAAUAAAAAGAGAGAGUAUCUUCUUU